CUCUUGUGUGUGUUAAUGACCAGUGCACGUGGAGAUUUAAAUGCUCAACAUUGCAUAAGUCAUCUGUUUUCAAAGUGAGAAGAUUCAUUGAUGAUCACACGUGUUCCUCAAAAGAUAGACUAAUGUUGCAACGAAUAGCCACAUCAAGUGUAAUUGGGAGGACGAUAACGGAUAAGUAUAUAGACCCAAAAGUUGUAUACACUCCAAGGGAUAUAAUAAGCGACAUGAAAAAGGUUCAUGGCCUUGAUAUUAGCUACCGGAAAGCUCAUAGAGCGAAGAUAAAAGCACUAGAGAUAGUGAGAGGGGACCCAGCUGAUUCGUAUGCUAAACUACCAAGUUACCUAUAUAUGCUAAAGCACUCAAAUCCAGGUUCUUUUGUUAGCUUGAGUAAAACAGAUGAAGGUAAUUUCUUGUAUGCCUUUGCCGCACUAAAUUCAUCUAUAAAGGGCUGGGAGUAUUGCAGACCUGUUGUGGUAGUUGACGGUACCUUUCUUAAAGCGUCUUACAGAGGGACGUUUUUAACUGCUAGUUGCCAAGAUGCCGGAGGAAAUAUACUACCACUGGCGUAUGCAAUUGUUGAUUCAGAGAAUAAUGCAUCAUGGGAAUGGUUCUUUAGAAGGUUCAAAGAAGCGUAUCGUGUGAGAGAAAAAAUGUGUUUUGUAUCUGACAGGCAUCAAAGCAUAAUAAGGGAAAUAUCGGUAGUGUAUCCAGGACUUCCACAUUGUGCUUGCAUGUGGCAUCUGUGGGGAAACAUUGCAGAUAACUACAAGAAGCAUCAUUUGCAGUUAGAACCAAUUUAUUAUGCAAUGGCCAGACCAUAUAUUGUGCAGGAUUUUGAUCACUAUAUGGCAGAGGUGGAGCGUAUUGAUAAUAGAGAGAAAAAUUACUUGUUUGAUAUCGGAUAUCACAGAUGGUCAAGAGCACAUUCUACCGUCAAUAGGACAAUGACAAUGACUUCCAACAUUGCAGAGUCAAUAAAUUCAGCAACGAAAAAUGCAAGAGAUCUUCCUGUUGCAAGAUUGUUUGAAGAGAUGCGGAUAUUGGUGGAGAAAUGGAAUUAUGAUAACAUGAAAGAAGCAUUGUAUACAGCUACCACACUGUCUGGAAAAUAUGAACAGAUUCUAGCUGAAAAUAUUAGUGUAGCACAACAUAUGACGGUGAGGGCUUCAAGUGACACUUUACAUAGUGUCACAUAUAUGGGGAGGACUUUCGUUGUUUGCAUUAGGGAGCGAAAAUGUACAUGUAGGCGUUUUCAACUAGAUGAAGUACCAUGUCCGCACGCUUUGGCAGUGUUGAUAUCAAAAGGUUUGGAAGGAAACGAUUACAACUCCUUAUACUAUACUAAGGAAUACAUGUUGAAAACAUAUGAAAUUCCAGUUAAUCCUAUACCGGAUCCGAGUAUGUGGGAAAUACCAUUAGAGGUGUUAGAAGAAAUUGUGUUGCCCCCUGUGGGAAAUAAAGUGCCAGGACGACCAAAAAGAAAAAGACUCGAGAAAGCAUGGGAAAAACACGAAAAGAAGUAUAAGUCUACAUGUCGACAGUGUGGGAUGGAAGGUCAUAACAGGCGAACAUGCCGAAAAAAAAAAAAAAAGAUUCAUUUUAUAGCUUGUUUUGAAUAUGUCUAUGUUGUUCCUUUUUAUUUAGUAUAAUCAUUGGUUAUAAGUUAAUGGAAGGUCUACAUGCUUUUUAUUCAUGUGAACUACUUUUUGUUGUCUACAAGUUAACAAUAUUUUUAUUUCCAUAAAUAUAUUCCCCACAGAUGAAUUAUCUCUUAGAAAUAUAGUGUAUGUUGGUUUGUGUUGCUAUAGCACAAAAAAAAAAAAAAUUUACAACUUCAGAAUUCUUGUUUAUGCUGGGCUCUGUUUGGUAAAAUACUAGUACUAAUAGUCGGAGAGAUUGCAAAUUUUGUGGCAUAUGCGUUUGCUCCAGCGGUUCUUGUCACCC